AUGGUCCGGCAUCGAUUGCAAUGGUGUACUCCAGCAAAGAUGAAGAUAGAGGAUGAAGUUAGGGCUUUAUGGGAGUUGUUGCUGGUAGUGAAGAAACUUGAGAGUGAAGCCUACAUCGUGGUGAAGGUGGGUACAAGAGGUAGUAAUGUUGAUCAAAGCAGUGGUGUUGGUGCAACUAAUCAUUCUAAUAAUGGUGAUGAAAUGGGAGGAGCAUCUCAGGUUGCUACUAAUAGUGGAAAUAAUGGCAAAGAGGAGGUUAUCAGGUUGCAACUAGUUGUGCUAACAAUGCUCACAAUGAACAGGGAGGAGUCUUCUCAAUCUGCAACUAAUGCUCAUUGCAAUGAUGCAUCUCAGAGUGAAAUGAAAGGUGUAGAGGCUAUGAUGAGCAAGAAGGAUGGGUCUUCAAUGAGUGGUACCAAGGGUUUGAAGCAUGAAGAUAGUAGCAAGAAAAAUGAAACUAUCUCUCCUAGUGGCAAUGUGGAGUUUGGAUAUGCCAUGUUUUAG